UUCCAUAGCAUUCUGAUCGGAAUUUCUUUGCACUACAAUUAUUUUGAGUGAACUAGUCAUAGGACUUGCAUUUUUAGUCUGUGCUAUUUUUGCUAUUUACUAGUGUUUAAAUUACUUUAACUACUUUUUAAUGUCAUCUACACGCCAAAGAUUGAAUAUCGUUACAAAAUUGAAUAAUAUUCAUGUAGAAGAUUUGCAAUAUGUGGAGCAGGAUCUAUGCUAUUAUGAAUUGGUGUCUUUGGGUUUUUUACUGUUCGGCGAUGAACGCGCAAACGCUGAAUUCGCGCUGCAAAAGCUGCUCAUACUCUCCAAUACACACAAAGGGCGCAGUUGCGGUGGCGCUGAUUUGCUCACCAAAUACAUUGGCGUUAAUCCACGAAAUUGGCGCUCGCACGUAGUGGAAGCUUUGUCUAUAAUCGGUGCACGCCGUGUCUUACGCAAGCUGGGCUUCGACUGGAAUGAGUUGCACCAACACUAUCUGCCACACAUUGUUGAAUUGAGCGUACAUGUGCAUCCGCUGCUAAAGGCAUUAUAUCGCAUAUGUGAUCGUUUGAAACCGGCGCAGGCGGGGCAAUUGGUAUUACGUGUGAAUGAGCAACGCACGGGCACAGAGGAUCAUUUACGUUUCUAUGAUUUCGCAUAUUUGGAAAUAUUCCUAUUGGAUUGGCUAUCACGUCGAAUUAUCAGUUUGGGUGAUCGUGUGACAAAUGGCGCGGAUGUUGAUGUGUUGCUCGAAUUUUUUAAAUUCUACGAACUGGAUGGCUUAAAAACGCUGUUACUCGAAACCAUUGUAAAUAGUGCAGAUAAUCAACGCAUGUGCAAUAAUGCACAUAUUAGUAUGGAUUAUGCAACGGCGAUAGCUGGAAAUAAUAAAAAUCAUGUUACUAAAACAAAUGAAACAACAACAACUCAAACAGCUGCAAAUGCCACUGCCUCAGUACGUAGCUGUGAUUUAACCAUAGAUGAAAGGUACGUAGUGCGGCACGAAAGUGCCGGCAUACUAUUGAUCAUCAAUCAACUGAACUUCCAUGAAGAACCCGAUGCUGCCAUGAAGCAUUUAUUGCCAAAAAAAACGCUUUCGCCACGUAUGGGCUCGAAUGUGGACAAGGAUCGUUUGAGAGAUGUUUUUGCGCCUUUCGGUUACAAACCGAUGGUGUUUGAAGAUCUUACUCAUCUUGAACUAAUGCAUCGCAUACGAGAAACAGUCAAAUUAUCCUUUCAAUAUGAUUCGCUAAUUGUGUGCAUACUUUCGCAUGGCACCGAAGGCUCUGUAUAUGGCAGCAACAGCAUACCUGUGGAAAUAUCAGAAAUCGAGCAUAUAAUCACCGGUGACACGAUAAUUGCCAAGCCUAAAUUACUUAUCAUACAAGCUUGCCAGAAAGAUGAAUCACCAAUAAAUGAACAACGCCAAAAGCCCAAUGUGGCGCCACAUCGUUUCGGUGAUUUGAUGAAGGCUAUGUCCACUGUGCCCGGCUAUGCGGCAAUGCGUCAUACGAUUGAAGGCACUUGGUUUAUACAGGAACUUUGCGAUGCUGUACAGCGUUUCGGCGAUCGCAAUCACAUUGGCGAUAUUUUAACUACUGUUAAUCGCAAAGUCAGCGAACGUCGUGGGAAUAAAGACGAAAUCAUGAUGCCCAUAUCGAGUUACACGCUGCGCAAAUUAUUCUUUUUACCACCGCGUAAGUAACAACUAGCAGCGAGUAAGUGAAGUAGCUUAUGUGACAAUUAGCUUUCGUUUAAUUAUAUUAAAUCGUGUAAAAGUAGUAUAAAAAAAAAUUUCGAAAUUAUUGUUGUAGUUGUUUGUUUUAGUUAAGUAGCAACGUCUAGCACAAAAAAGUGUAUAAUUUUAGUGCGCAUGUUAUAAUAUAAAUAUUGUAAACCAAAAUUUCUUUUAUAAAUUAAAAAUAUUUUUUUAGUAAUUUCUGUGCUGUGUCAUAAUUUAAAUGUGUCAAGUUUGUAGAAUGAAAUAUAUACAAUUACUCUUUUAAGCAAUAAUAUAUAUUUAAUUUCACGUGUAACGCAAUUUAAUUCUAAUACUUUUUAUACAAAAAAAAAAACAAA